GAAUAAUAGAAUAUCAUACAUUUCAAAUGAACAAGACAAAUCUUUUGGAUUAAUUUGAGGGGGCACAGAAUAUCUCUAAUGUUUCAUCGGAAACAUAGGACAGAACAGAAUUUAUAAAGAGGGAACAAGAGAGAAAAUUUAAACUUCAAUUCAAUUCCAUUCAAUUUUAAGUUAAACUCUCGCAAACAUUAAUUUUACAGAGGUGUCAGAAAAAAAUAGACACAUAAAUGUAUACAAAUUACAUAUAGAAGAUGAUAAAUAGCAUUAAUGAAAUAAUUUACAAUUGUGAUUAAAAAAUAAAUUGUUAAAGACAGAAAGCAAAGAAAAUAAGGGAACUCAAGACAAAUAGUUUUAAUACAAGGUUGAUUGUGUGGAGUUUGCAACACCUAAAUAGUUUAUAGAACUAAUCGAGUAGGUGCCCCAAAGAUCCCCUGUGAGGCGAUCAUUAACACUGAGUACAUUUUCUUUACUUUUCCAAACGGUUACAGGACGAUCUAAUUCAAACCAAACUGGUUAUCUCGGUGAAACAGUAGAAAUGAGAUGCGAUGCUUUGGAAGGUAAAACAGUUCGUUGGAGAAAAAAUGGCGCUGUACUGCAUACGAAGACCGCUGGUAACGACGCAAGCCUGCUUAUCAGCAUUGCUCAGCAAACUGAUGAAGGAAUUUACACCUGCGAUAUUGUGAACAGCACAGGGGAGAUCCAGGCAUCAUACAAUAUCACGUUAAAAGUAGAAGAUCCAAAUUUCCUUUGCUACUUGUUCAAAGGCGAUUACAAAUCUGACAGCACAUGGAAACGCUGGAGUGUGUUGCACGUAAACUACCACGAAGGAAAAUGGUUCAGGGCUGAUAAAGGAGCUGCUAUGCCAAGUUCUUGUGUGUUGAAAGAAAGCUGUGGUGUUCAGGCUCCUGGUUGGUUGAACGGUCAAAUUCCGUCGCGUGAAGCUGGGAUCGUUCAAGGCCAAGUUUGUUUCAAUUAUCGUAAAGAUUGUUGUUAUUAUUCAUUACCAGUACAAGUUAAAAAGUGUUCUGACUUCUUUGUUUACAAGCUGAAGAAAGUUCACCCUAUGGUACCUGGGCAAUACUGCUUCACGACAAACACACUAGGUAGGUAUAAGAAGCAAUAUAUUAGUUAACAAACAGGUCUGUAAUGCUUGAGUAUCCAAUAUUUCCUCCGAGAACAACCCGUUUCGCUUGUUGAGUAACACCUUGUAAGUCAGUUAACUGAGAUUCCUUAGAAAUAUUUUCACCUAUCAGUUUUCAGUAAGAGAGGAUGAAAGGAGGCAGGCCUCAUUCCCAAAGUAAUCUCUCUCAAGUUAUUUUUAGACAUUUGUACCCAGUUUUAACGCGGAUCGUGUUAGCACGCUCAUUUUACUCACUUCUUAAGCCGCUUAGGCUGUCCAAGGCGUGAGCAAAAUUCGUGUCUCAGGAUUGGCUAUUUUUAGACACUUCUUGGAUUUCCGAAACCAGGACUGAACUAAAAAUAACUUGAGAGGCAAUGCAACCUUUAGAAUAAGGCCGAUAUAGGGGGCCAGUUCUUUUACUUCUUAUCCUCUCUUUCUCUCAGUAAUAACGACAUACGACAUACAAAUAUUUAGCACUUUUUUAAAAAUGCUAAAAAUUUAAAGUGCUAAAAUAACGACAAGCAAGCAUCCUAAAAACCGAAUGAGAAUUUUAAAAAAAGCAACAACAACAAUUAAGAAAAAAAUAGCGGCAAUAAUGCAGAAUGACUGUUUCGAUGGCUUUGUGACCAUCUAACAGCGAGUAACCAGUACAACGAUAUCUAUCAGAAGUAUGUGUACAUUUUGAGCUUUCGAAACACUGAGGGACAUCAUCUGUUAGUAAGGUCGGUUUGCUGGCUGGCCUGUUGCAUUGGCCAUAAUCGAUAAGCCGAUCGAAUCGAUAUACAUUGCUGGUUGAUGGUCGCUUAGAUUUCUUAGUUCGCGUCUUACCGUUUCCAACGAUUUGCAUUAUAACUAGUAUGGGUUGAAUCUGCU